UCGUCCUCGGACUCAGCCACGCGCCGCAGCGCUGCCCUGCGUGCGCAGCCGCAUUGCGAGCUGCGUAACCGUUCCAGAGGCACAAGAUGGCGACCCUGGAACAGGAGGAGGAAGAGGGUGAAGAUUAUAUGUCGGAUGCUUUUAUAAAUUUUAAGCAGGAUGUCAAGCCAGGACUGGUAAAGGUGGAAAAAGUGAAAAAGCACCAGGAGAAAAAACCUGAGCAGGAAAAGACCCAGAAAAGAGUGAGUCGUGAAGAGGAAAGGCGCGAGUCCAUGCUACAGUGCUCGUUGGGAAGUGAAAAUAGAGGCUUUGCAUUGCUUCAGAAGAUGGGGUACAAAGAAGGCCGAGGACUUGGCAGGAAUGGAUCUGGAAUUGUUGAACCUAUCCCUCUGCAGAUCAAAAAAGGACGUGGUGGAAUUGGCCAUGAACUAGCUAAGAAACGGAAAGCUGAGGAAAGGAUGGAAUAUCGAAAACGAUUGAUGCAAGUCAAAAAGCAAGCAGAGAAGGCUGCCUUUAAUGAUUAUAGGGUACGUUUCAGAUUCAAAAAGGACCAAAGUCAAAUGGAAAGUGAUUUACGGAAGAGCCAGUUUGCCUGUCAACAACUGGAUGAAAAGAAGGGUAUAGAUAACCCAGAGAAAACAUGGUAUUGGCUGCCCACUGAUAAUGAGGAAGAAGAUGACGAGGAUGAAUCGGAUGUUCAGAAGUUUGAAAAAACCAAAGAAAAGCUACAGGCAGUGACAGACUAUCUCAGAAAGACCUAUUUCUACUGUACUUGGUGUGCAAUUUCCUACGAAGAUGAGGAGGAUCUGUCCAGUAACUGCCCUGGAAAUUGUGCUGCUGACCACUGCUGACUGCAGCUCAGCAUGCUAAUGGCAGGACUUACAUGCUGUACCAAAGCUGGAAUGAAGCAAUUUCUGAAUGCAACCUCACAAAGCACACAGGUCAUUACAGCUCUGAGGAUUAGUGCAUUUGGAGCCAAUUCUACCUUCCACUUUAAAAGGAAGUUGCUGAAAGAUAAACAGUGCAAUUCUGCUGAAACUCAGCUGUCUCCAGCUUUCCCACAUUUCUUGACCAGUGGGCAACUGUACUUAUAUUUCUGUUUUCUUUUUUAAAUAUUUUAACAUGUUUAUUGAUCCACAGCAGGUAGUGUUAUUUGCUUGUGGAUGAUUCAGAGUGAGAGGUGUGGAUGUAGUAAUUAUAACAUUCAUCAGACUUAGCUUCAAGGUUAUUCAGAGACUGAUCGUGAGUAAUUAAUUUCAAAUUCCUGAUCAGCAAUCUGUGUUUUAUCUUCAUUAUUGAAAAGUAACACUCAAUGAGUGUUAGACAUGAUCUGGAUAUGAGAUUAAUGUUGUAAUAUGUGUUAACUUGUAUUUUUGCUCCAGUGCAGGUUUCGAGGCUGUGUAUUCCCUACUGUAAUUUUGCCAUAUAAUUCAUUUAUUUAAGUUUUAUGAAUAAAUCUUUUUUCCUUCUCA